AUGGGUUGGUUAACAUGGCAACGAUUUCGUUGUGUAACUGAUUGUCACCUAUAUCCUGAUACAUGUAUAAGUGAAAAAUUAAUUCGAACACAAGCUAAAUUAUUAGUUGAUGGUGGAUAUUUAGCUGCUGGUUAUGAAUAUAUUAUUAUUGAUGAUUGUUGGUUAAAUAAUACACGAGCAGCUGAUGGAUCAUUACAACCUGAUAAUCAACGUUUUCCAAGUGGAAUUCGUGCAUUAGCUGAUUAUAUACAUUCAUUAGGAUUAAAAUUUGGUAUUUAUGAAGAUUAUGGUACUGCAACAUGUGCUGGUUAUCCAGGUAGUUUAGGACAUUUGGAACAAGAUGCUCAAACAUUUGCUUCAUGGACAGUUGAUUAUUUAAAAUUAGAUGGAUGUAAUGCUGAUAUAAAAGAUUUUGAUACUGGUUAUCCAUCAAUGGAACGUGCAUUAAAUGUAACUGGUUAUCCAAUAGCAUAUUCAUGUUCAUGGCCAGCUUAUCAAGAAUUUUCAAAAAUGAAACCAAAUUAUUCAGCUAUUGCACAAACAUGUAAUUUAUGGAGAAAUUGGGGUGAUAUUGAUGAUUCAUGGGAUAGUGUUUAUUCAAUUAUACAAUGGUUUGGUGAUAAUCAAGAUCGUUUAUCACCAUUUCAUGGUCCAGGACAUUGGAAUGAUCCGGAUAUGAUUGUAGUUGGAAACUAUGGUUUAAGUCCAGGUCAAUCACGAGCACAAAUGGCACUUUGGUCAAUUAUGGCUGCACCACUUAUUCUUUCUGUUGAUUUAAGAACAAUUAGUGAUUGGGCACGUGAUAUAAUAUUAAAUAAAAAUUUAAUUGCAAUUAAUCAAGAUCCACUUGGAGCAAUGGGACGACGUAUUCUUAAAUUAAAUGGUAAUGUUGAAGUAUGGAGUAAAGCAUUGAUAAAUAAUCGUACUGCUUUUGUUGCACUUUUUCCUCAACCAUAUGGAACACCAAUUCAUAUGAGUAUAAAUCUUACUGAUCUUGGUUUAGGUCGUUUUGAUGAAUAUGAUUUUUUUGAAACAUUCCAUGAUGAAUUUCUUGGUAAAUAUCAUAAAAAUGAACUAUAUAAUUUUACAAUUAAUCCAUCGGGAGAUGUACAUGCAUUUUAUGUUGAAUCAGCAAGUACAAAAACAUAUCGUCUAGAUUUAAUAUAA